AUGAGAAGGAAGAUUGAAAAAAGACGAAAGCCCAAAGUGGCGGAUUUUAUUUCGGAAGAUGAAAAUAUUGUCAAUAACUUCAUCUACUCCAAGGGAUACGUUUUCACGAUCAUACAUACGAAAUUUAGCCCGGAUGAUAAGCUUGAAAAGGACGAUAGCCUCUCUUAUAAAAAACGAUAUGUGCCGUGGAAAGACAAGCACCUACUUCAAAAUGUAGUUAAGGUUACUCCAACGCGUUUCGAAGAUAAGAAGACUCAAGUAAAGGAAGAGAGGGGUGAAAACAUCCGACAAAAUCAAGGACGAGAACGCGCCGCGAAAAAACGAGAACUCAAUUACUACGCUGAGGAUAUUGACGAGAAUCAGUUGUUUGAUGAAGCUGAGCGGAUGAAAACUGAAUACAAAGACGAAACCAAGCAUUCGACAAAGGAAACGAAAAAGAAAGCAGAUUCGGAGAAAGAAUGGGAAGUCCAGGAGAUCAUGGGAAAGCGGCGAUCCAGCAACGGAGUAAUUCAAUAUCAUGUGCUCUGGAAAGGAUGGCCACUUGAGUCAGCAACAUGGGAGCCCAAAUCAAACCUGACGAACUGCGCGAGAACGCUGCAAAACUUCGAGAAAAGGCUCUCACUGAGUGAAAAAAGAAGCAACAUUCUUUCGCGUGGACAGAAAGGGAAGAUAUCUUGGAAACGGGAGGCUGCUACAGAAUGA